UCCAGAACACAAGAGAGUGCUGCUGUGUUUUAGCUGUUUCAAAAUAGUGUUUAAACUGCUAAAGGCCAACAUCAAUUUGAACCUGAUAAAGAUGGAUUUUGGUGAGGAUAUGGAGUCAAAUGUUGAUUUUCACAUAAAAGAUGAGGCAAAAAGGAUGCUUAAAGAGAUUGCACUGGUGAAGAAGAAUGUUGAGAACUCUGAGCUCUAUGCUGGAAUGUGCUUGGAUCUCAAACAGAAUAAAACAAUUCAAAAACACUUCUUUCGCCUUUUAGGCUACCAUUCACAUGUUCAGGUGGUAAUCUAUGGUUUGGGAAGCACCGAAUACAGUUUUAGUUCACAAUUUCAGCUUGCUGUAGUUCUCCUACUAAAACGAGAUUUUCCCAAUUGGAUUGGCAAUAUAGAAAUAUACGAUCCCUGCAUGUCUAUGGCUGAUAUCAUAUUUUUCGAGAAACUAGGUCUUGAGGUUCUCACCAAUGAUGAAAAUUGUAAGAGGAGAGCUCAGAGACCAACGAUGUUCUACAUGCCUAAUCCUUGUUGGUAUCUUAUUGGCAACCUCUUGGGAGCAAACUGGUCGUCAUCUUGCCUUAACAAGAUUUUUGUGCUGACAAACUCAUUUAGCUACACACUGACCAAUACGCCACGAUGUAGGACUGUUCUAGAAACAGUGCUACGCUUAGAGAGAAUUCUUGACUUCACAACAGAGGUUCACAUAGAAACUAGUGACAAUCAGACGUAUGCUAAUUUGUUCUCAGGAUUUGCCUGGCAUUUCUUUGACGUGGAUCCUAACAAUGACAUUGACAAACCGGGAUGUUAUUGGUUGGACAUGCAAAGGCAUCUUGAAGAAGAAUUUUUGGAAAAUAUGAAAAGCGAUAUGAAUAGUGAGGACUUUGCAGAAAUUUGGGGUAAUUAUCGUGGGGCUCGACGUUUAAGAUGCAACAACAUACCUACUCCUCCAGGUUGGAUUAAGCUAAACAUCUAUGGUAUUGGUAGAAAGGGUGAUCAGCCAGGACAAUAUAGUGGCAUCUUCCAAGAUGAAAAAGGGAAGUGUUUUGAUAUGUAUAGGGGUGACAUUGAUGUUGAAGACAAUGUGAUUGCUGGACUAGAGGCCUUGAGGAUUGGGUUGGCAGGAUGCAUGGAAGGAAGGCCAAAUGCGCAGAAGUUGAUUGUGGAGUCCGACAAUGUUAUACUUGUCCACUAUGUUAAUGGUCUCCCUGAGCCAAAUGACACAGCCAUGCGCUGGUUGGGGGAAAUUUUCUUCAUGCUGAAGCGCAUAGCUUGUGUAGUUUACCAUAUCUACGAAGAAGCCAAUGAAGCUACUAGAGACUUGGCUCUGGAUGGUGAAUGUCCCAAUAGUGCAUAGAUAGCUUUGUUUUUUACUCAAAGGGGUAAGGUGAAUCUUUCUAGGC